UUUGCUGGUUAGUGAUAUUCAAGUAUGUCUCACUGUCCCAUUUUAUGUGAGAUUCAUUCUCAAAAUGGUGGAACUUAUAUAUAAAUUUCGCUCAAUAAAAAAAGAUAGGAGUAAGACUUGAUUAAUUGCAUUUUUUAUAUCCUUUACUUUAUCAUGCUCACACACUUAAAUUCUCCCGAACAUUCGUCCUAAGAAGAACUCAUUAACACUUGAGCACAAGGGAAUUAGGUUUACACUACAUCUGCAUUCUGCAUAGCACUGCCUAUCUAUCACUCAUUGAAAAUUUUCAUUCUACUUUCCAACCUUGCCAAAUUAAUGGACGCUAUUCAGGCUCAAGCUGUAUCUCCUCUUGAUCACGAUGAGAUGGAGUUCGAGGAGUAUGUAAUGGAAGACAAAUGGGAAGAAGUUAUUGAAAUGUACAAAAAUGAUAGUCGUUUUCACAAGAUAAAAUUGAAGGGAAGAGGAACAGCAUUGCAUGUGGCAAUAAACAAUGGGUAUGUAAACUAUGUGGAAAGGCUUGUAGAUGCAAUAGUAAAGCAUGAUGAUAAAAGUGGUUUAACAUUGUUGAAUGAAAAAGAUGCUACACCUCUUCACCUUGCAGCAUAUAGAGGAUUCACAAGUAUGUGUGAAUAUAUAAUUGGAAAAAAUGGUGAAAGAAAUGAUUUUAUUCAAGUUAGAAAUUCAAAUGGAGAAACACCACUUUUUUGGGCUGUGCUUGCACGUCAAAGAAAAGUCUUUGUUUAUCUACAUCAGUUUGUCCAAUAUGAUUUCAAUUUUGCAAUCAAUUAUGAUGGCACUACCAUUCUUCAUGUUGCCAUUAUGAGAGAAAUGUUCGAUUUGGCAAAUAUAAUAUUGUAUUGCUAUCCUGGUCUUAGCUAUAUGAAGGACAAAAAUGAUGUCACACCUUUGGAAGUUCUUGCUACUAGGACAUCAGCCUUCAAUAGUGGAAGUACGCUAUUAUGGUGGGAGAAACUUUUAUACUACUGCAUUCCUGUCAAAGUCCAGGACCCAAAAACUAAAAUGGAAUCGUAUAACAAAGGUACAAAGAAAGAGAAAAAUGAAAGUGGAAUUUCAAUACCAUUAUACAAUGUUCAUGAAUUAGAAAAGGCAGGCAAAGUACGAUAUGCUCUUGCUCGAUUAGAUUUUAUUAGGUGUGCUAAGAUUUUAUGUCAUCCCAUUCAAAAGUUUGCAUUCAGAUUACCUAUCAUAUCACUAUUUGAUUUGGCGACAAUAAAGAUUAUUAAGAAUAAGCACAAAUAUGGUGGUCAACUUUUGAAAGCAUUUAUGAAAAAUCCUUGUCAAUCAUACACGGGUGGUGAGGACCCUGGGGUUGAUGAAGCUGCAGAAAAUUUUGCAAAAUUUAUCCAGAAAAAACGGAUCGAUACAUUAAGGGACUUACAAAAUACCACAAAGCAAGAGACAGAAGAAAAUAAAAAAGGGGAAGAUUCAGCAAUAAAAGAUGAAAAAGAUACCACAUUUUUGGCAGUAGCAAAAAGUGGCAUAGUUGAAAUUAUGGAAGAGCUUGAUUCUAAAGUACCAAUUAACUCUGACAAGAAAGGCUUAUUACUUGUAGCAAUGAAGAAUAUCAAAAAAGAAAUAUUAUCAACAGAAAAAACUGACAAAAAUGAAACAGCAUUUUUAAUUGCAGCAAAACAUGGCAUAGUUGAAAUGAUUCGUGAGCUUCAUAACCAAAUGAAAAGUGUGAUCCAUGAGACUAACUCUAACAAUGAAAAUGUAUUGCUUUUAGCAGUGAAGAAUAGGCAAUCUCAUGUUGUUGAGUUGUUGAAGAGAUUAUUAUCCACAGAUAUCUUUCAUGGCUUAAAUGUAGAAGUGGAUAACAAUGGAAACACCAUGUUACAUUUGGCAGCAUGUGCAUCAAUUCAUAACGAAAACACUUGGAGAAUAUCUGGUGCAGCCAUGCAAAUGAUGUGGGACAUCAAGUGGUAUAAGUACAUCAAAGGAUUAGUACCAGAUCAUUUCAGUCAUAGAACAAAUAAAGAAGGCAAAUUCCCAAGUGAAAUCUUUAAGGAGCAACACAAAGAACUUCUACAUGACAGCAUUGAUUGGUUGAAAGAUACAGCAGAGUCAUGCUCAGUUGUAGCAGCACUCAUUGCAGGCGUAUCCUUUGCAACAUCAGGUAAUGUCCCUGGAGGCAAUGAUUCGGACACAGGAAAACCAGCAUUAGAAGAACAACCUGUAUUUGAAGGAUUCGCUGUAUCUUCGUUAAUUGGACUUUACUUCUCUGUCACUGCACUCAUCAUGUUCCUUUCUAUACUCACUUCUCGAAAACGAGUCGAAGACUUCAGUGGAGACUUGCCAAAGAAGCUUCUUUUGGGAUUAAGUUCUCUCUUCGUAUCCAUUGUUGCCAUGCUUGUUUCUUUUUGCGCCGGACAUUUCUUUGUGCUCACUGAUAAAUAUUGCAAGAAUAAUAUCUUGUUCUAUUUAUAUAUUUCCAUUUGCUUGCCAGUCACAUUCUAUGCAGUUGUUCAAUUUCCAUUAUAUAUUGAUCUUCUUAAAGUUAUUUGGAAGAAGGUGCCACCAUCAAGUUUUAAGGGUGUUCAUUUGUAAAGGUAUUUGUUUUAUUGUAUUGCUUUGUGUGGAUUGAAACUCAUGAUGAGUUUGGUUUGUAUUUAAAUAAUGUGUCUUGUGUGUUUAAUAUGUUUGGAGGUAUAAUGUUAUCUAUGUGUGAUUUGA